GGGGUCGACCACAGCGCCCAGCCUAAGGGCUCCAACAGGAAAGCCGAGGGAAGGGAGCUGAAGGCCGGAGAAGCGGAACACGCGGGGGUGGCGCGUCAAAGUCGAGGCAUGGCGUCUCGGUCUCUUCAGCCCGCCGGCGGCCACGACCCGGCCUGGGCGCGGAGAGGCUCCGGAGUCAGGUCGGCGCGGCUGCGAACGCCGGGCUCGGAGGCAGCAGCCGAACCCGGAGAGGAGGGAGGCCCUGGGCGGAGCCGCCGGCCGCGCAGGCACAGUGGGGACACGUGGCACUUCCGGUUCCGGCUGGAGGCUGCGGCCGUGCUCUCUGUCCCGGGGGACCUGCCCCGAAGCCACCUGACAGUCCCGUGUCCAGGCCCGGAGGACCGUGCACGGACUGUCCUGCCACGUCACUGA